CCAAACAAGAACCUAAGGCGAAAGUGAGGAGAGAAAGAGAUGGAGGGUCUUAGCGUUGUAAGAGCAAGUCCUUGUGUUUCUUCUUCUGCAAUUUCUUCCAAAACCAGCAGCUUAUCCUGCGCACCUUCUUGCAGGCUUAUCCUUAACCCCAUCAAGAAUCACCACACUUUAGCUGCAUUUCAACCAUCAUUUCAUCUUUUUGCAAGUACCAUAUCUCUUCACCGUGCCUCCAAAAAGAACCAUACAGCUCGUAUAUUCCUUCCCCACUUGGUUGCUUCCAUGGAAGAAGUUGAGGAGACAUACAUUAUGAUUAAGCCUGAUGGUGUUCAAAGAGGACUGGCUGGGGAGAUUAUUUCAAGAUUUGAGAAAAAGGGAUUUAAGCUAACUGGAUUAAAGCUUUUUCAAUGCCCCAAAGAAUUGGCAGAGGAGCAUUACAAGGACCUACAGUCGAAAUCAUUCUUCCCCAAGCUGAUUGACUACAUUACUUCUGGUCCUGUUGUCUGUAUGGCCUGGGAGGGUAUUGGUGUUGUAGCAUCUGCACGUAAGCUAAUAGGAGCAACUAAUCCUCUUAAUGCCGAGCCUGGAACAAUCAGAGGAGACCUCGCUGUUCAAACUGGAAGAAAUGUGGUGCAUGGAAGUGACAGCCCUGACAAUGGCAAGCGUGAAAUAGCUCUUUGGUUUAAAGAAGGUGAACUCUGCUCAUGGACACCAGCUCAAGAACCUUGGUUGACGGAAUAAUGUUUCAAGGAGAUAUGACUCAUCACUAGGAUUUGGAGGUUUCACGUUUCAGUUUCACUAAUCUGCAGGAGAUGAAUGAAUUCAAUUUUGUAAUACUAUCAUUCUGCCAUUGCAAUAAACUUUUCUUUAAAGAGAAAUUUGUGUUCAUACUGCUUGAACACAAGCAAUUUGACGGUUCAUUGGAAGAGUUUUCUUGGUUUCU